AUGCAGAAGAAUUCUAAACAAUUUAUGCAAAUACUUGACUCUCAAGGAGAGGGAGCAUAAAUCUCCACUCCUUAAAUAUGGACUGUGCACACUACCUUUCAAGUAGUGCAUUUGGAAAUGGGGAGAAAAAGAGUUAACUUCAUGGUGAAGAAACUUGACAAAACUACUUCAUCCAGGUGAUCAAGAUCCAUAUCAACAGUGAUAAAUCAUGUUGAUAGUAUGUAGUUUUGAUGUGCCAUGAUGAAAAUGACACUUUACCUUUGUGAUCCUCUCCAAAAACCCAUAACCCCAGUCAAAUCAUGAGGAAAACAGACAAAUUCCAGUAGAGGAAUAAGCUGCAAAAUCCCUGACCAGUACUCCUUAAAACUGUCAAGGUCAAGGCUUUCCCCACCCACCCGGAAUCCGUGCUCUCUUUCCGGACCUGGCUGAGGAGCAGGCGCCAUCAUGGGAGUCGACAUCCGCCACAACAAGGACCGAAAGGUUCGGCGCAAGGAGCCCAAGAGCCAGGACAUCUACCUGAGACUGUUGGUCAAGCUGUACAGGUUUCUGGCCAGACGAACCAACUCCACCUUCAACCAAGUCGUGCUGAAGAGGCUGUUCAUGAGUCGCACCAACCAGCCACCUCUGUCCCUUUCCCACAUGAUCCGGAAGAUGAAGCUUCUUGGCCGGGAAAACAAAACAGCUGUGGUUGUAGGGACUAUCACCGACGACGUGCAGGUCCAGGAGGUGCCCAAACUGAAGGUGUGUGCCCUGCGUGUGAGCAGUCGUGCCCGGAGCCGCAUCCUCAAGGCUGGGGGCAAGAUCCUCACCUUCGACCAGUUGGCCCUGGACUGCCCGAAGUGCUGUGGCACCGUCCUGCUCUCUGGUCCUCGAAAGGGCCGAGAGGUGUACAGGCAUUUCGGCAAGGCUCCAGGGACCCCGCACAGCCACACCAAACCCUAUGUGCAUUCCAAGGGCCGCAAGUUCGAGCACGCCUGAGGCCGACGGGCCAGCCGGGGCUACAAAAACUAACCGUGGAUUCUACCUUGUUAUUAAGAAGAUUUUGGACGCUGAAAAAAAAAAAAA